AUGUACAGAGAAUACAGAUCUAUUUAUGGCUCGCCCAUCGCCCGUGUUUAUUCCUCGGAGACUAAUACAUGGAGUGGUCUCAUCUCUAUAGAGGCUUCACGUAAUAACUGUGUUUAUUUUGGUCCUAGCACCCUUGUUGGUAGUGUCCUUUACUGGCCUUCACACAAUUGGGGCGACAAGAUACUUGAGUUUGAUUUGGACACGCAGAACCUUACCGUGAUAAAGGGGCCUCCUAGUGUGAAUUAUUCCGACAAUUUCCAAAUCAUCCAGGCAGAAGAUGGUGCCGUUGGUAUUGCUGUGUUGUCUUACAAUACCCUUCCACUAUGGCAGCGAAUGGUCAAUAAUCGAGGUGAUGCCAUAUGGUUGUCGUGCAAGAUUGUUCCAUUGCAUAACCUUAUUAACAUCCCUCCUCGAACUGGGAGAAAGAGGGAAUGUCUUCGAUUGGUGGGGUAUGAUGAGGCUACCGAUGUAAUCUUUUUAGGUACCCACGACAGUGUCUAUAUGGUUCAACGCAACUCAAUGCAAACCAGGAAACUAAAUGUGACCCAUUCUCUAUAUCGCUGUUAUCCAUUCACGAGUUUCUACCCACCAGAUGAUCCACAUGUUGACUGCCCAAAGUUCUACCUACGUUUUGUUGUUUCACAAUCUAUAAGCUAA